CGCACCAUAAUUUAUUUCCGGUUCCGAUGAAAACAAGCCGAGCUUUCGAUUAUUUUAUUAAAUUUUUAUAUGCACGAUGACAGUCGAAGUUUCUGGAACAGUCUUAUCAGCGUUAUUGUAUAAUAUUUCUUCGGGCCCUGGGAAUUCGAUGGGCUUUCUGCUUGGAGAAAUAGUGGAAAACCUAAAGGACACCAUCAGUGACUCACAAAUUAACAAUGUGCAUUUGGAGACAAAAAUAUAUGUGUAUGACAGUGUACAGUGUUCAAGUAACUGGUUGUGUUACAGCAAUCAAAAAGAUACCCUAAAUAAAAUUAUAACAGCGCUGCAGUCUUCCAGAGAUCAGAAGAUAAUUGGUUGGUACAGCUUUCGUCGUAACUCCAGCUUGCGGCCAUCAUUUCGUGAGAGGCUGACUCACAAGGACCUACUUGAGUCUCUACAGAUUGACGAGAACCAAUUCCUCUUCCUGUUGGCUUCCGAAAAAGCAAAGGCCAACAUGUCCACUCUGAAGUUUGACCACUGUUUUCUGCAUUGUGUUGAAAGCAAAUUCAAGAAGUUGCCGAUAUCAGUGCUCAAUCUUGGAGACACUACUGCUACUGAAUACCGUCAUGGGACCAGCCACACGGCGCUGACACAUCAGGGUUCCUUGAACUGCAUCAUGCAAAAACAUCAAGAGAAAUUCCUGAAGUCAACUGGGAUGGUCGCAGUGGACAAUGUGAAAGCACUCAAUGUGGAUAUUAGCAGAAGCCUGGACCGUCUUAGUAAACUGGUUAUUGAAAGUGAGAAGCAAAAGAAUGAGCUUGAAAAGGAAUUGCGCCAACUAAAGCACCAAAUAUCUCACAGGCAGGGACAAAUUACUGCUAGUACUGGUAUAUCAGUUGCAGUAAAACCAAGCCACAGUGUAAGUUCGCCAACAGUAGAUGAAUUACUGUUCAUGGACACUGCAGAUUCCGAAUCUAGCGCCUCAGAAUGUAACUCCUUCAAUGCUAGUUCUGAAUAUUGUUCUGGAAAAUCUCCAGAAGACCAUAGUAGAUCAGCAAUUCAAUCUGAUGACGACAUACUAAAUCCUUUGUACAAGAUAAAGCAUACAACAAGGGGAAGUAAUCAUAGGAAUUACGACAAGUCAUCGCCUGAAGUUGAGCCGUCUUCAUCACCAGUGUACUGAUGGCACAGAUUUUUCACAUUUUGAUUCUGUGGUCAUAAAAUGCAGCAUGUUUAAGUUUGCUUGUUAAAAGCAAUUUACGUGGUACUGGUAAUAAUGGAGGAGACAGUGUAUUCUUCAAUUUGUGCAGACAAGAACUUGACUUGAAGUUUGUGUGCAAUAAAUCAUUGUGUGUGGCAGUGAAAUGUUUGUAAGUUACUUUGAAGGAAAGUUAAUAUGAGGAUAUUGCAUAAUUGCUUGUAUUCUACUAAGGUUUAGCUUUUUUGCCUACAGUUCUCAUAGGGGGCUUUGAGGAUUCUGUGAUGUCUGUGGUCCUUCAGUUCUAUAGGUGCAUGUCUAGUUUCCACAAAUGAGUACUCCAUAAUCCCUUGACAGAUUUUAAUUGAUUUUAACAGGAAUGAUCCAUGGUUGACCAAUUUUGAAAAGUGUAUACAUUUUUCUGGUCUGUUAUGUUUAUUGGUCAACAGAGCUAUGCUUAUAUGUGUCGCGUUCUGAGAAAACAUGGCAUAAUGCAUGUGCGCAAAGUGUUGUCCCAGAUUAGCCUGUGCAGUGCAGUUCCUGGGGUCUUAAUACGUUUUUAUGCCCCUCUUUGAAGAAGAGGGGGUAUAUUGUUUUGCUCAUGUCGGUCCGUCUGUAGGUCCGUCCACCAGAUGGUUUCCGAAUGAUAACUCUAGAACGCUUAGGCCUAGAACCAUCAAACUUCAUAGGUACAUUGAUCAUGACUGGCAGAUGACCCCAAUUGAUUUUCAGGUCACUAGGUCAAAGGUCAAGGUCACAGUGACUCAAAAUAGUAAAAAGGUUUCCGGAUAAUAACUCAAGAAUGCUUAGGCCUAGGAUCAUGAAACUUCAUAGGUACAUUGAUCAUGACUGGCAGAUGACCCCUAUUGAUUUUCAGGUCACUAGGUCAAAUGUCAAGGUCACAGUGACUUGAAAUAGUAAAAUGGAUUCCGGAUGAUAACUCAAGAAUGCUUACGCCUAGGAUCAUGAAACUUUAUAGGUACAUUGAUCAUGACUGGCAGAUGACCCCUAUUGAUUUUCAGGUCACUAGGUCAAAUGUCAAGGUCACAGUGACUUGAAAUAGUAAAAUAGAUUCCGGAUGAUAACUCAAGAAUGCUUACGCCUAGGAUCAUGAAACUUCAUAGGUACAUGUACAUUGAUCAUGGCAGAUGACCCCUAUUGAUUUUCAGGUCACUAGGUCAAAGGUCAAGGUCACAGUGACUCAAAACAGUAAAAUGGUUUCCAGAUAACUCAAGAAUGCUUACGCCUAGGAUCAUGAAACUUUAUAGGUAGAUUGGUCAUGACUGGCAGAUGACCCCUAUUGAUUUUCAGGUCACUAGGUCAAAGGUCAAGGUCACAGUGAUUCAUUAAUUGUGUUUGUCCAAAACUUAAACCUUGGUUAAAUUUUUGCAUCUAAAAUGUUUUCCGGAGGAUAACUCAAGGAUGCUUAGGCCUAGGAUCAUGAAACUUUAUAGGUACAUUGAUCAUGACAGGCAGAUGACCCCUAUUGAUUUUCAGGUCACUAUGUCAAAGGUCAAGGUCACAUUGACUCGAAACAGUAAAAUGGUUUCCUGAUGAUAACUCAAGAAUAAUAAGGCCUAGGAUCAUGAAACUUCAUAGGUACAUUGAUCAUGACUGGCAGAUGACCCCUAUUGAUUUUCAGGUCACUAGGUCAAAGGUCAAGGUCACAGUGACAAAAAACGUAUUCACACAAUGGCUGCCACUGCAACUGACAGCCCAUAUGGGGGGCAUGCAUGUUUUACAAACAGCCUUUGUUAUAUUAAACAUAAAAUGUUACCAUUAUGAGGCAAGAAGUAUUCCUAACAUGGCUUUGGUGCAACUCUGUUAACAAUCAAGAUGUUAUUUGUUUUUGCCCUUUCAUCAUUGCACUUGCUAUGAACAUGUUCUAUUAACCCAUUUAUGCCUAGCGUCUAGAAAAAAGGCCUUGGCAAACAGCGUAGACCCAGAUGAGAGGCCACAUGAUGCGGCGUCUCAUCUGGGUCUGCGCUGUUUGCUUAAAGGAAUUUCUGUACAAAAUAUUCUUAAUACAGAAAUAAAUAUACUAGACAUCCCUUAUUUUGGAAAUAAAUUGAUCCAAUUUAGAAGGAUGGGAGUGUCCACUAGGCAUAAAUGGGUUAAUUUCGUGACUGAUCUCUAAAAUAGUCUGAGAAAAACCACAAAUGCUGUCAAGAACAGUACUUCCAGGGAGCCAAUGAGGGCCUACGAAUCACUGGUUAAAAAUAAGUUUUAAUAAACAAGUUUUUUUGUUCAAUAACUGUGAAGGAACUGCUAUCAUGCGUAAUAUAAAGGCCUACUUAACUUGGGUUUUUGCAAAGCGGCUAUUUCUGUAUAGUUUCAUGCUCUAUUAAUUUUAUGAAACUAGUUUGAAUGCAUCAAUUCCAUAGAAGUUUGCGUUACCCAAUUACUGUAAGUAUGAUGUUAAGAGUAUUCUCAUAUAAAAUAAACAUGAUCUCAAAACAAUAAAAAAAGCAUGCAUUAUAAUCUUGCUAUGAAUUCCACCGUAAAAUUAUUGAUAUUUAGUCCCUUAUGUUAAAUUGUUAUUAUGUAAAUAAAGGUUGUUUAAAACUUA